GUCUGAAUAAACAAGCCCCAUUUCUUGUUUGUUUUUAGAACUUACCUCAAACCAAGAACCGACAAGAUGUCAAACUAUGCCUAUACUAAAAUUAGCGAAAACGUUCAAGAAUUAAUGUCUUCUAGGUCGCAGUACCUGAGUGGAUUCAAAUCUUUAGGCGAUUUUUUGGAUUUUCGACGCGUUUCAAGACCCGAAAACUUUGGAGAAGCGCAGUCAAGGGUCCGUUUUAAUCUUAGACGAUUUUCUUCAAAUUAUUUAGCGAUAAUUGCUCUUCUCGCUGUUUAUUGUCUCCUUUCAAACCCUUGGCUUUCUUUUGUUAUUGUAGUGGGCGGUGUAGGAGCGUAUGGAAUUAGCAAACGCCCAACUAACGAGGUGCAAAUUGGAUCCAGGGUUUAUAGCAAGUCAAGCCUGUACAUCACUUUGGCUUGUAUUUUAUUUCCUUUUGGACUUUUUGCUUCUCCUAUUCAAACCAUCUUUUGGUUAGUUGGAGCAUCUGCUGUAUGCGUUCUUGGCCAUGGUGCUCUAUUGGAACCCCCUGUUGAAUCUGCUUUUGAGGCUGUUGAGCAACAAGUAUAAAAACCAAGAAUGCUUAUUUUCUUAUCUUUUAUUCAAGAAGCUUAUUUUUCGUCUUAUUAGGUACCUCUUUUGGUCCGCUUUUCUAUUACAUAGGCUGACUUGCUUUUUGCUCUCCAAAUUAACGAUUAGCGGUGGUAUGCUUGCUUAUUACCUUAUGACGGGUUUGUCGCUCUCCUGAACAUCAAUGAUUUUUGGGGUUGAUAGCUUCAUCCAACCUCCCUUUCUUCUUUACAAGCACUAAUGCGAGUGAAAGGAUUGGUAACAAGCGCUCAAUUUAUAGGCUAUAUAGGAAUGAUUGUGUGAAGUUGAUUGCAGUUUCGUCUUAUAUUUUUCAUCUUCUCGUCUAUACUUCUUUCUCUCCAACGAGACAUGAAUUGAGCGUUUCAUCUUCCUGUUUUUAGUUUCCUACAUUUACUUUGUUGCUCCGAUGCGUGUUUGCAGUGUCAUGUAUAUUCGUUUGUAAUAGUUAGUUUAGAGUUUUGUCGAGUUUUUAUGACUUACUAAACAAUAAGAAAUCCACAAUUUUGUUUAUGUAAAUUAUACAUAGGUUAGAUUUGAUAUUACUAGUAUUUUUUUAUUGUAUGUUUACAUACAUCUCAGCAAUUUCAAGGUUAUGCAUGCUUAUUCUAUCACUCAGAA